GAGUGAAAGAGCAAACGGGCUGCUGCUUAGUCAUUUUUUUCCUUUUCCCAUUUUGGCAGGCUGGCCCCCAGGGCGAGGGGAAGCUGAUAUCAUAAUUAUUGGCUCACCCUGGCAGCUGCCUCCCCUCACCUGAUGUCAGCGCAGAACCCCGGCACUCCCCAAGGCCUGCGCACAGCUUCUGCCCCCCCAAAACCCGGCCCCUGCCUCCCAGCCCCCCGAGCCUGGCGCGCCCCACGCCGACCUGCUUCGCUGAGAAGCCGACUUUCUCCGAAGCCAGGAUUGGGUGAUGGUCUCUCUGCUGCAGCAACCAUCUGAAAUCCCACUGACUCCCCCGGAGAGCCUUGAGGGAGAGCAUCGGGAAGGCCUCAUGCAGACCCGAAGGGCCACAGGCUCCCCACCCCCACAAAGUGAGAACCCUGGCUUCAGCUGCCCACCCUACCCAGGCGAUGUCCAGCCGGAGCCGGAGCCCUCCAUCUCCUCCCACAGCCCCAGCCCUUCCUCCCCGUGCCCCGAGCAGCUCCAGAGUCACUUCCCCGCCGGCCCGGGCCAGACGGCCUUCCGGCUCUCCCCGACCGAGAAGUACCAGGGUUUCGUUUACGAGGAUGGGCCGGCGGUAGGGAGCCCGGGACGCUUCCUCAAAGGCAGCCGGGUCCCCUUCCACCCGUACAAGCGGCAGUUCAAUGAGGACGUUUUUCUCGAGGCUCACCCGGCCCUCGGCUUGGAUGGACACUCCUUCAAGAGCCCGGGAUGUAUGGAGACUUUUGAGGAUGUGGCCAGCGCUGGGGACACCGAACCGUUCGCCCCCAGCUUCUCGGCAGAGGCCGCUGCCUGGUGCAACGGCCCCCACUAUCCCAGCCAGGAGCACAGCUCACAAAUGAUGCAUGGGUCGGAGGUCAAACUCAAGCCACCCCCUAUGGAGGGCCCACCUGGAUUGUACUGUUACCAGCCCCAGCACAUGUACUGCCCCUCCCAGCCCUUUCACCAGUACCCCCCUGGGAAUGGCAAUUAUCCAAUGACCUACCUCCCUUCCCCACACUAUGCCUACCAGAGGAUCGCCCCUCAAGCCAGUGUGGAGUCUCAGCAGCCACUGUUCCCCAAGCCCAUCUAUUCAUACAGCAUCCUCAUCUUCAUGGCCCUCAAGAACAGCAAAACAGGAAGUCUUCCAGUCAGUGAGAUCUACAAUUUUAUGACCGAACACUUCCCUUAUUUCAAGACGGCCCCAGACGGAUGGAAGAAUUCUGUCCGCCACAACCUGUCCCUCAACAAAUGCUUUGAGAAGGUAGAGAACAAGUCAGGGAGUUCGUCCCGCAAGGGCUGCCUGUGGGCCCUCAAUCCGGCCAAGAUCGACAAGAUGCAGGAAGAGCUGCAAAAAUGGAAAAGGAAAGACCCCAUUGCUGUGCGCAAGAGCAUGGCCAAGCCUGAAGAACUGGACACUCUCAUCGGAGACAAGAGUGAAAAACUCCGAUCCCCUCUCAUGCCCUGCCCACCCCAGGGGCUGACCAGCUCAGGUCCUGCCAGACCCAUGGCGCUGUGUGACCCGGCCAACCCCACGGCUGUCCCCCAGCCCCUCCACUCACUGCACCCAGCCCCAGGCCCCAUCCACGCCAAGAACCCCAUGACAAGCCUACUUGGGGGGCACCCGCCCUCCUGCUACCCGCAGAGCUACCCCCACCUCUCGCCGGCCUUGGCCCAGCCGGGGGUCCCACAAACCCUCUUCCCGCCUUCCGAUGGGCAUGGUGAGCUCCGGGCCCAGCCAGGCACCCCUCAGGACUCUCCCUUGCCCGCCCACACUCCACCCAGCCACGGCAUGAAGAUGUUGCCGGAGCCCUCCCCAGCCAGGACAAUGCAGGACCCCCUCAUGCCAGAGGGAGACCUCAGCACCGACAUCGACACCAUCAACCCCUCCCUCACUGACUUUGACUUCCAGGGAAACCUCUGGGAGGAACUGAAGGACGACAGCCUGGCCCUAGACCCGCUGGUGCUGGUCACAUCGUCCCCAGUGCCAUCGCACUGUUUGCCAUCCCACUGCCUGGCAGGCUCCGGAGGAAGUCCCGGCGAGCUGGGCCUGCAGGGCAGUAACGGCCCCAGCGGACUCAGCGACUUGCAUCUCACUACUUUCUACUCGGCCUUAAUGGACCUGGACCCGGUGGCCCCGGCCUACCUGAACUCCAGCUCCAAGCCCAUGGGACUAGUGUGAGCCAUGGCACGGCUGCGGCAUGCCCCAGGGGCUGGGGUGCACCGGAUCCAUCACCUUCCCCCUAUGAAGGAAGGACAGAAGGCUCCUCCCUCCCCUCAAAAAAAGAAAAAAAGGGAAAAAACCCUUAAAAAAAAAAACGCAACGUGACUUUGCCAAGUUGUUUUUCAGGCAAAAGGCCUGGAAACUGCCUUUGCUCUGGUCUUGCUCUGCCCCCUGCCCCUCCCCCUUGAAUGGGUCUGCAGCCUUUGACUUAGGGCCCUGAGAACACCCCGUUCUUUUCAUUAAUUCACCUCUCAGGGUCCCCAAGAACUCUUUAAGAUUCUCAAGUGGCAAAUUAGCCUGCAGGGAGGGGACAGGGGGUUGUAUCUUCACUGAGUCCCCUGCACAAUAGCUUAGGUCUGCUCAAAAGCACAUACACAACUCUCCUACACGUGUGAACACAUAUACAUGGGAAUGCACACACAUGUGUGUAUGUCUCGACUCCAAAGGCAUCCACGAUCUCAAUCUGGCAGGUCCUCUGGCCACCCGGGAAGAUUUCAUAAAAACACGCCUCUUUGUGUAGCUGAUACAUGAGCCGUGUACGUGUCCAAUUGUGUCUGUGACAUACACGUGCACCCACCGUACACAUGCCUUGCAGACAUCAUGUGUACCUCCUAUGGAAUACUCGUGCCCUGCAAUUACGUUUGCAUGUGUAUGUACACACAUAGGACUACUAUGACCUUCAAUGGACCUGCAAUUUCAUUUUAGCGGCUUCAGUGGUCCGCCAGGGAAGGUUAAGACAAAGCCUUUUGUCUGUCUUAGAGAUGAGGCGGUGACACACAUAAAUCAUGUGUUGCAACAUGUACACACGUGUUCUGUGUUGUGACAGAUAGUGUGUGAUUGUGUACAUGUAUUCCAUAUAAAGGUAUAAAUCAACAAACAUUAGGUGCCUUCUGAUUGCCACGAUAGUCACAGGGCAUGUGUAUAAUACACACACAUACGAGUGUGUAUAUAUGUAUAUAUAGUGGCGGGCUUUGACUUAGUAUGUGAGCCACAUGUACACAUGUAGCUAUAACAUGUGUGUAUGUUGUGGAAAGGAGAAAGAUCAGAUACUAAGGCAAAGCUACCAAUAGGAAUCUGCCUUUGAUCCCCAUGUUCGGUGACAGGGGCUUCCCCUACAUGCCCCCUUCCCCCCCCCCCCCAUCCCUUCUCUCCUGGAAACAUUAUUUAUUCCCCAGGGUUCCCCCCCACAGGCCGGGGAAGAAGCAGGAGUGCCUUUUGCACAGUCCUGGAUAGGAGGAGACCCUUCCAAGUCAUCACAGUGUUGGGGUCC